CUCUCAUAAACACAACACAACACAACACAACAGAAGUAGUAGGUGGAAAGCAAUGUCCCUUCCUCUUUUCUCUAUCUACUGCUAAACCUCCUUUUCCCUCUCCAUCUCGCGGCGGAGACACGGAGGAAUCCAGCGACAGCUGAUCGGUGGCACUGCUGUUGAUUCUGCAAUUUCUUGGAGGAGAGAGAGAGGAGGCUUUGGGUUGGUGAUGAUUGUUUGUCUCUUUCUAUUGUAAAAGAGGUGAAAUCGAAACCAAAUUGGAUCUGAGAUUAUGCUGUUGAGUCAAUGGAGGCUUCUUUAGCUGCUUUGGAGCGGCCACGAGGUGCUGCUUCCAAUACGGUUUAUAAGAGUGGUCCACUUUUCAUAUCAUCCAAAGGAUUGGGGUGGACUUCUUGGAAGAAACGCUGGUUCAUCCUCACACGUAACUCUUUGGUCUUCUUCAAAAAUGACCCUGGUUCACUACCACAAAAGGGUGGUGAAGUUAACAUAACCCUUGGUGGCAUCGACUUGAAUAACUCUGGAAGUGUUGUGGUGAGAGAGGAUAAAAAAUUGUUGACCGUAUUAUUUCCUGAUGGGCGUGAUGGGAGAGCUUUCACUCUUAAGGCUGAGACAUUUCACGAUCUCCACGCCUGGAAAACUGCUCUUGAGCAGGCUCUUGCACACGCCCCCAAUGCAGCACUCAGCAUGGGUCAUAAUGGAAUAUUCCUUGCUGAAACUAACGAGGCUAUCGAAGGGCGGGAUAAGCGUCCAUUAAAAUCCUUGGUUGUUGGAAGACCAAUCUUACUUGCUCUUGAAGAUAUUGAUGGAAGCCCAUCAUUCCUCGAGAAAGCUCUUCAGUUCAUUGAGAAAUAUGGAACUAAAAUUGAAGGAAUAUUAAGACAGGCUGCUGACGUGGAAGAGGUGGAACGUAGAGUUCAAGAAUAUGAACAGGGCAAAACGGAGUUCGCUUUUGAUGAAGAUCCGCAUGUUAUUGGAGACUGCAUUAAGCAUGUGUUGAGGGAGUUGCCUUCUUCACCGGUGUCAGCAUCUUGUUGUACUGCCCUGCUGGAAGCUUACCGAAUCGAGUCUAAGGAGGCUCGCAUUAGUUCAUUGCGCUCUGCUCUAGCGGAAACAUUUCCUGAACCUAACAGACGUUUACUACAACGGAUUCUGAAAAUGAUGCAUACUAUCUCGUCUCAUUCCCACGAAAAUCGAAUGAGCCCAUCUGCUGUAGCUGCUUGCAUGGCUCCUCUGCUCUUACGUCCUCUUCUGGCUGGUGAAUGUGAUCUAGAUGACGAAUUUGAUAGCGGUGAAGACAAUUCUGCUCAGCUUCUUGCUGCUGCUAAUGCUGCCAAUAAUGCUCAAGCCAUCAUUACUGUUCUCCUGGAGGAUUAUGGAAGUAUUUUUGAUGAAGAAAAUAUUCAAAGAUGUUCCAUGUCGACCGAGUCGCAUAUUGGUAAUAGUGGACCUGAUGAUUCUAGUGAUGAUGACAACAACUCAAAAAAUGAAUAUCAUAAUGCAGAGAAUGAAGUAGAGCCAGUGACAGAUGAUGAUGAUAACGAGCGUGCGUUGAGUGGAAAAAUGAGUGAGAGCAGCGGUGGCACAAGCAGCGAUCUCUAUGAAUACAAGGGAUUUGUUGCUGAUGAUUCUGAUAUUGAAUCACCUAGAGAGACAACUGGUCCAAUACGUAAUUCAAACGUACGAACAGAUCAUGUUGUGAGAAAUCUUUUCAUCAACUCCACGGAUCAACAAGCUGGAGAGCAGAUAGGUGGUGAUGAUCCAACAAAGUAUGGAGGAAACUCAUGUCUAGUAGAUGGCGGCGAGUCUUUUCAAUCAGGGAAGGUUCUAAAUGUACUCAAUCAUGGAAAUACAUUGGCUUCUCCUGGUCUUGAAUCAUCAAGUGAGAAGUCAGUGAAUAAGGGCACACCUUCCUCUGUUCCUUCAAAGCGUGCAACAUUCUGGGGUCGUGGCAGUGCCAGAAAGAGAUCUACAGAUGGAUCGUUUGAUUCUUCAGGAGAAGACGAGCUUGCUAUACAGAGGCUUGAGACCACGAAAAAUGAAUUGCGACAACGAAUAGCAAAAGAGGCCAGAGGUAAUGCGAUACUACAGGCUAGCUUGGAGAGAAGGAAGCAAGCACUUCAUGAACGUCGUUUGUCGCUUGAACAAGAUGUGUCAAGAUUACAAGAGCAGUUGCAAGCCGAAAGAGAUCUCCGAGCAGCACUGGAGGUUGGUUUGAGCAUGUCCUCUGGACAAUUCAGCUCACAUGGUGUGGAUUCGAAAACAAGAGCUGAACUUGAGGAAAUUGCUCUUGCUGAGGCUGAUGUGGCAAGGCUGAAGCAGAAAGUGGCAGAACUUCACCAUCAGCUUAGCCAGCAACGUCAGACUAACUUUGGCUCUUUCUCAGACGCGCGUGAUAGUCAUCAGUAUCUCCAGAAUCACAAUCCUCAAAAAAGGUUUCUUCAACAAGAUUUUGAUUCCACUCUUGCCUUUGUAAAUCAUGAAAGGAAACAACGACACGAGGAGAAUAUACUGGGAGCGGAGUGGAGAAAUAGUAAAGGAGGAGGAUCAUUUGGUGUUGGCAAUAGCAGGCAACCGUCUCGUAAGCAAGUACAAGAACCAACUAACAUGGUCGACUCUAAAAGCAGCAGUGGAGAGUCUGGAAAGAUGUCUGUAGACAAGUUCUCAACUACAGAUUCUCCAUCUGUUCCGUCCACUUCAAGAGCAUUAGAUAUAACAGAGUACCCAAGGCCUAAUCAUCCGUCAGCAGCUGCAUCAGCAGCUCUGGUAGAGUUAACAACUCGUCUUGAUUUCUUCAAGGAAAGACGCUCGCAGCUAAUGGAGCAGCUCCAUAGCUUGGAUCUUAACUACGGCGGCUCUUCUUCUUCUUCUCAAGAUUUCAUACACAGGCCAUCUUCUCCACCUUGGAACUAACAUUAUGAGAAUAAUAAAGUAUAUGUUUGCUCUGUAUAUGUGUUUUUGGGUGAUUGAUUUAAUGAUGUUUUCGUAUCUGUUCUGAUAAUUUUCUUCCGUGAAGACAAGAAUGACCUCAUUGUGUAUAUAAAAGACUUGUAUGUUUUGUUUUGUUCUAUGUGAGGUUGGUUAUGUUCAUGAGUA